GCACUUCAACAGCCAGGGUCGCCGAACCGACAAUCGGACGCAGCGCACUCAACGUAGUGCAGCUAAGCGCACACCUGCUCUGACGCGUUGCGCAGCGAGUUAAUUCUAUCGCGCAACCGCGAAUCCAGGCCCUGCUGCUUGCUGUCUGUAUCCCUCUAGAUUUCCUAGCCUUCGAAGAAGAACCGCUCGAUGUCGCGUGAGCUCCGAUAGUCGCAUCCUCCUUACAUCAUAAUGAUCGCCUCAAAUCUGCUGCCCUCGCGGUUUCGCGGGGAACAGCCGUCGUCACAGAAUGUCGCGCCCUCGUGGCUGAGCAAGAAGAUUACGCCGCCCCUUCAAGUUUUGGCUCGGCUCACUUCGACGCACCCAAUCCAUACCAUCGUCGUGGUAGCCCUUUUGGCCAGCACUUCUUACAUUGGCCUCCUCGAGGAGAGCCUCUUUGAUGCGACCAGGAGCGUCAGGGGAGCAGAAUGGUCUUCCUUGAACGAGGGCAGCCGGCUGCUUCGCGCGGCCGAGGAUACAGCUUGGAAGUGGCAGAACUACGACACCCAGGCCUCGAUUCCCGCGGCUGCCGAUUACCUCGCGCUCCUGACACUGGUAUUCCCCGACUCGACGUCUGCGGAUCCUUCCAAGGCACCCCCGUUAGUCGAUGCGGUCCCGAUUCCCCAAAACCUCUCCAUUCGGUCCUUGCCCUCGACUUCGAACUCAUUCACCACGUACUCUCAAGACAGCGCCCUGGCCUUCUCGGUUCCCUACACCCAGGCGUCCGAGUUCCUCACGAUCGCCCAGGAAAUCCCGAACGGGAUCCCUACGCAAGAGACGAGAGAGACUGAACAUGGCCGGGAGAAGAAGAUGUGGAUCAUGAAGGCAGCUAGGGCGCAGACCAGGAGCAGUCUCGUGAGGUGGGCCCGGAACGCCUGGGUCGAGUUCAUUGACCUCCUGAAGAACGCCGAGACGCUCGACAUCAUCAUUAUGGCUCUGGGUUACAUCUCGAUGCACCUCACCUUUGUCUCGCUCUUCCUCUCGAUGCGCCGCAUGGGCUCCAACUUCUGGCUCGCCAUGAGCGUUCUCUUCUCGUCCACCUUCUCGUUUCUCUUUGGUCUCCUCGUCACCACCAAACUCGGCGUCCCGGUCUCUAUGGUCCUACUCUCCGAAGGCCUGCCGUUCUUGGUCGUGACAAUCGGGUUCGAGAAGAACAUCGUACUCACGCGCGCCGUCCUGACACACGCAAUCGAGCACCGCAGGCCCGAGAAGGGCUCCAAAAAGGCAGACGUGUCCGGCAGCGUUAUCCAGUCCGCUAUUUACGUCGCGAUCAAGGAGAAGGGAUUCGGCAUCGUCAAGGACUACGCCAUUGAGAUUGGCAUCCUGGUUCUCGGCGCAGCGUCUGGGGUCCAGGGAGGGCUACAGCAAUUCUGCUUUUUAGCCGCUUGGAUUCUGUUCUUUGAUUGCAUUCUCCUGUUCUCUUUCUACACCGCUAUUCUCUGCAUCAAGCUGGAGAUCAACCGCAUCAAGCGCCAUGUCGAGAUGCGCAAGGCCCUUGAGGAUGAUGGUGUGAGCCACCGUGUCGCCGAGACGGUCGCGCAGAGCAACGACUGGGCCAGGGCCGAUGGCAAGGAUGCGCCGGGAACCACCAUUUUCGGCCGCCAGAUCAAGAGCACCCAUAUCCCCAAGUUCAAGGUCCUGAUGGUUUCGGGCUUUUUCCUGAUCAACGCUGUCAACCUUUGCACCAUCCCCUUCCGGAGCGCCAACUCCAUCUCGCACAUCUCGUCUUGGGCUCGCGGCCUAGGAGGUGUUGUCGCGCCCCCUCCCAUUGACCCCUUCAAGGUUGCCUCGAACGGGCUGGACCUGAUCCUCGAAACGGCCAGGAAGGAGGGCCGCGAGACGAUUGUCUCGGUCCUCACCCCGAUCCGCUACGAGUUGGAGUUCCCCUCAAUCCAUUACGAUCUGCCCCAGUCGGUCGGGAAGGGCGAACAAGAUACCUUCGGCGAGCUUGCCGGCUACGGCGUCGGAGGCAGGAUGGUCGGUGGUAUCCUUAAGAGUCUGGAGGACCCCAUUCUGUCCAAGUGGAUCAUUGUUGCUCUGGCCAUGAGCGUGGCCUUGAAUGGUUAUCUCUUCAACGCUGCGAGGGCGGGCAUCAAGGAUCCCAACGUUCCCGACCACCCAAUCAACCCCAAGGAGUUGGCCGACGCGCAAAAGUUCAACGACACCGAGUCGGCCACGCUCCCUGUUGGAGGAUACCGGGCUCCGCCGUCCCCGCCAUCGAUUCCGCCCACCCCUGCCUUGACGGACGACGAAGUCGACACCACCCAACCGCCUUCUCGGGCCGAGCCCCAACAUCCCGAUCAACCGCUUGUCAUCCGCAACAAGGAAGAGCUGGAAAAGAUGCUUCUGGAGAAGCGCGCCCACGAGCUCAACGACGAGGAGGUCGUUGCGCUCUCGAUGCGUGGCAAGAUCCCUGGUUAUGCGCUGGAGAAGACGCUCAAGGACUUCACCCGUGCCGUCAAGGUUCGUCGGACUAUCAUUGCGCGGACCAAGGCUACGGCGGACUUGACGAGUGUUCUCGAGCGGUCCAAGCUCCCAUACCAAAACUACAACUGGGCCCAGGUCCACGGUGCAUGCUGCGAGAACGUUAUUGGAUACAUGCCGUUGCCCGUUGGUGUUGCUGGGCCGCUGGUCAUCGACGGUCAGAGCUAUUUUAUUCCCAUGGCUACAACAGAAGGUGUCCUGGUUGCAAGCACGAGCAGAGGUUGCAAAGCGAUUAACUCUGGCGGUGGUGCCGUCACCGUCCUGACUGCCGACGGCAUGACCCGUGGUCCCUGCGUCUCGUUCGAGACCCUCGAAAGAGCUGGUGCGGCUAAGCUGUGGUUGGAUUCGGAGCAGGGCCAGUCGGUCAUGAAGAAGGCCUUCAACUCGACCAGCCGCUUCGCCCGCCUCGAGAGCAUGAAGACAGCUAUUGCCGGCACGAACCUUUACAUCCGCUUCAAGACGACGACUGGUGACGCCAUGGGCAUGAACAUGAUUUCCAAGGGUGUCGAACACGCCCUUAGCGUCAUGAUGGGCGAGGGCUUUGAGGACAUGAACAUUGUGUCGGUUAGCGGCAACUACUGCACGGACAAGAAGCCUGCGGCUAUCAACUGGAUCGACGGGCGCGGCAAGAGCGUAGUGGCCGAGGCCAUCAUCCCCGCCGAGAUUGUCAAGACGGUUCUCAAAACGGAUGUCGAUAGCAUGGUGGAGCUGAACAUCAACAAGAACCUGAUCGGUUCUGCCAUGGCAGCCUCGGUUGGUGGCUUCAAUGCGCACGCUUCGAACAUCGUGGCGGCCGUGUUCCUCGCCACGGGUCAGGAUCCGGCGCAGGUGGUGGAGAGCUCCAACUGCAUCACCAUCAUGAAGAACCUCCGCGGGUCCCUUCAGAUCAGCGUCUCGAUGCCCUCGCUCGAGGUCGGCACUCUCGGUGGCGGUACGAUCCUCGAGCCGCAGUCGGCCAUGCUUGACAUGCUCGGCGUCCGCGGUCCCCACCCGACCAGCCCGGGCGAGAACUCGCGGCGGUUGGCCCGUGUCGUCGCCGCCGCCGUCUUGGCCGGUGAGCUCUCGCUCUGCUCUGCGCUGGCCGCUGGCCACUUGGUCAGGGCGCACAUGCAGCACAACCGUUCUGCCCCGCCUACGAGGGGCACCACGCCGGCUCCGUCGGCGGCCAAUGGCAUGGAGCGGGCUGCGUCGACCACUGCGCUGAGCGCGGCUGCGAUCUCGCGCGCGCGUCGUUGAGGGUAACCUUUUUUCCUUUGUCCUGUCGUUUGUACAUAUCGGCGCGGAGUGGUGUAGAUAAUGGGUUGCAUACCGAGGGGUCGAUGUUUUGCAGCGACUUGAAGGGUGCGAGUUG